AGUAGCCAGUUCGGACUGGGCCCGGCGGUGUGUGCGCAGUGCGAGCCGUAGAUGCCAUCAGGUUGCUGCAACUUUGAGCGAAGGUCACAACGCGAGGGGGGGGAAAGUCGGGUUUGCGCUAAGUGCUGUUUUACCGAUGCCGGGACGUUGUUAAGCGCCUAGUUGGGUGUUCAGCUCGCCUCUGGUCCUCUCCGCGGCUGACCAAUGCUUCUGCAUCAGUUCAUGAACGGAGCCCUGGAAGUCAUGCAUCCCACACCGCUUCAGAAAGACACCACUUUUACCAAAAUCUUUGUCGGCGGGCUGCCGUACCACACGAACGACGCCUCGCUGAGAAAAUACUUCGAGGCCUUCGGGGACAUUGACGAGGCUGUGGUGAUAACGGACAGACAGACCGGUAAAUCCAGAGGAUACGGUUUUGUGACAAUGACAGACCGAGGAGCAGCCGAGAGAGCCUGCAAGGAUCCCAACCCCAUCAUCGACGGCAGGAAGGCCAAUGUCAACCUGGCUUACCUGGGUGCCAAGCCCCGCAGCAUACAGACAGGCAUAUCCAUCGGAGUGCAGCCCAUUCACCCAGCACUCAUCCAGAGGCAGUAUGGGUUGGCCCAGCCGUAUGUCUACCCGCAAGCCUUUGUGCAGCCCAGCCUGGUGCUGCCCACUCAAGUGUCCACCUCCGUCAGUACCAGCCCAUACCUGGACUACAAUACAGUUUACACCCAGUACGCCCAGGCUGCCUUUGAGCAGCAGUACCCAUAUGCCGCCUCUCCAGCUGGCUUCCUGGGCUACAGCUAUGCCACCAGCCCCACAGCCACUGCCGGCCCGGCCGCCGCCGCCACAGCCCCGGCCACCGUCCACCCGACCCUCCCCUCCGCUGCCGGCCCAGCCCCGGCCUUCCUGCACUACGCCCCGCAGCAGCACAUCCAGCCGGACCGCAUGCAGUGAGCCGGAAAGGAAGCAGGGAAGAGAUGGAGUGGUACAGGUGGAGGAGGAGUUAGGGGGUUGUGGUCGCUGACCUUUGAACAGAGGAUGGUGAAACACUCUACAGGGUGACCCUGCUGUCAUCAGCAGGGGCUUUCAGGAAAAAGGGUGGGACUAUUGCACUAUACGAUCAGGAUGAGCCAUUUGCUCAUUGAUUAAAGGGUAAAAGGGGUGGGUAGGGAUUCAAGGACUGUCAGUGUGUGGUCGCUUCCAAGGGCUUCCAGAAGCUGACACUUCAUUUUUUAUUAUUAUUAUUAUUAUUAUUAUUGUUGUUAUUGUUAUUGUUAUUAUUAUUUUUAUUGUCCUUUAUUAAUGUCACUGUCAUUUUUUGUUUAUAUGCCAUUAUUAUCAAUGUUAUCAUAGUUUGUGGCUCAAUCAGUGGAAGUUAUGUGUGUCCAUGGUACAUAUUGAUGUUGUGAGAGCUGUCUGGGACAUGUAACACCUCUUUCCUCCUAACUCCAUAGAAUUCGGGCUGGAUAUGAAUGGCACUGCUGCUUUAGGACACUUAUAGACAGUCAGAAAUGGGGGUGCAGGGUGGGAAGCAUACAGCCAGCCUCUCGGCCUAUCUGUGGUCCCAUCCUCGUGCUAGCCACAGUGAAGCAGAGCACUGCCCCACGAACAAACCUCCAUCGUUCAGCACCACUCAGGAGGACGACGA